GUUUAGUUUCAAUUUUAUAUUUGUGCCAAACAGUUUGAAAUUCGUGUCCCGUUUGACAAAAUGAGAUUUAUUUUAGCUUGCGCGGUGAUUUUGAUUCCGGCCAAAGAAAUUCGUGGCUGUAUACGGAUCGAUGGUGCAAUAAUAGCCAAAAACGUGAAUCGCGGCACAUUGUUUGCAGUGAUGAAAUGAAUGAUUUCGAUUGUGAUUAUUAUCCUGUGGAAGUACUAAAAAUGGAGAACUGUCCUGCCGAGUCGAUCGAAAUCCAAUUUAUUUGGUAUCGAAAUGUGUGCACGUUGGACAUUUCGUUUUCAGAAUAUACAACAUUAGGCGACUUACAUUUAAAUUUGGAACAUUUGAAGCGGCUAAAUGUGUCUUACUUAACAGAAGUACAGAUUUACAUUUUGCUGUAACACAUUAAUAUUGUAACGAAGAGCCAAAGUAAUGCUAUUACAAUUGUAAUGCCAAAAUUUAGCAUUACCGGUAAUGUGUUACAAUUGUAAUAGCUAUUACUUGACCCGUCCGUUACAAUAUUAAGAUGUUACCUAACAUUAACGGUAAUGCCAAAAAUCUAACAUCAUUAAUGUGAUUUUCUAACAUUACACACGCAAUAUAAUGCCAAAUGUAAUAUGUCACGUGGCAAAAAGUUUCAUACAAAAAUCAACAUUUUUUCAACAUUUUUUCGUCUGACGAAAAUUGACAUGUUUUUUACAUGAAACUUUUUUUGCGAUUUUUUUUUUUGCACCAAAAGUAAUAAGAUACUUAUUACAAUCUUAUUACUGUAAUAAGAUGGUCUUAUUACUUAUUACAAAGUAAUAAGAUGAGUAAUAAGUAAUAGGUUAUCUUAUUACAGUAGUAAGUAGGUGGUAAAGUAAUAAGAAUCACAUUUUUUUACUUCUAUACAUCAAUAUAAAGCAAAAGUAUGAGUAAUAAUAAUAAUUUAAUUUAUUUAGAUAAUUUCCAUAAGUACAUCUUUUAGUUUGGUUUUAAAGUAGUUCGAUCAUUAAUCGACGAUUUUGGAGUCAUUUUUGUGGCGUCUCCACUCGUAUUUAAUUUCCAUUGUUGAAGCUUGCUUGUCAAAGUUCAAACAUCAUUACAAACGUAUGGAAGCGGAGAAAAUGACGCCAAGCUGCACGAGGUUAUUUAUCGAUUGAUACUUCAUUUCUAAUAUUAACAGGCAAGCUAUUAAAUAGCAAAAUCCCUUUAUAAAAGAGUGAAUUUUGGCUACAUGCUUUGGUUGCAUUUAUCAAUUCAAUGUUGUUGCGGCUUCUUAAUGUGUUUUUCCUUAUAUUUUGAUUAUUAUAGACUAUUCGUUCGGUUAAAUAUUGCGGUGCAAAUCCCUUUGUAAUUUUAUAUAUGAAAAACAAUGUAUUAAAUUUGAUUAGCUGCUCAACACUUAAAAAAUUUAAUAUUUCUAGCAUAUCUUCUUCAUGCGAAAAUCUAUUAAACCUUAGGAUAUUUCUCAUGCAUUUAUUUUGCAUUAUUUGCAACCUAUUUAAAUCUGACUUCUUGGAAAGGAACCAUAUUGUUGCGCAGUAAGUGAAAUGGGGCUCAAUUAUUGUUUUGUAUAUGGAUAUUUUCUGUUGACAAUUCAAUUGAUUUCUUAAUCUUGCUAAAACGCUUAUUUUUUUCCUACUUUCUUACAAAUGUAGUUAAUAUUGGCUUCAAAAUUUAGCUUAUUGUCGAUAACAACUCCUAAAUACUUCAUUUCAUUUACCAGCUCAAUUUUUUCUUCAUUGAUAUAAUCAAUAUUUUACUUAUUUGAGAUCAACAUUGCUUUUUUCUUUUUAACAUUUAAUUUAAGUUUAUGUUGACAUAGAUUUUUGGAAAGGCCGACAAGGUCUAGAUUUAAUUUAUUGCACGCAUCGUUUAAAUCAUCAAAAAUUACGUAAAUUAGAGCAUCAUCGGCAAACAUUUUAAUUUUACAAUAUUUCAAACAGUCUCCUAAAUCAUUUAUGUAUAAAAUGAAAAGCAAAGGCACUAAAAUUGAUCCUUGCGGCAAACCAAGUUUAUUACAGACUUCAUCAGAUAAUAUUUCGUUGUAUUUGACACGUUGUCUACGAUCAGUUAGGUAGCUCUUGAACCAUGUUAAGGUUUUUCUUUGGACUCCGUUUUUUGUAAUUUUGCUAUAAGUAUAUCGGGCUCUAUGGUUUCGAAUGUCAUGUCGUUUGAUCAUUCAUAUAAAUAUGAAUUCGGUAAAUUUACCGAAUGUAUACGACAGUUGAUCUGUGGUUAUUUUUUUAACUUUGAAUCGAGUUUGAAACGGAAUGUGUUUGUGCAUACCGCGAAGAUGCAAACAUUUUCAUAUUCAAAUAGCCACGUAUAGUCACCCAAUUGACUUAUUUUAUUGACUCAAACCAUAAUGAAGGCGAUGAAGGAAUGAGCCUAAACAUCUUGUAUUUUUGAUGCGAUCCAUUUGAUGUGGAAUGCACAAUUAUACACAUAGGUGGAUUUGUAAUUCUAUCGAUUGUUUGACAUUGUUUUCUUGAAAUAUGUGUUCAAUAAUAUUUUGUGAGCUCUAACGUUACUGUGUUUCUUGCUGACGUGACCACACUUGAAAAGUAUAUAAGAAGAUGCGUUCGAUUCGUCUAUCCAUCAAAUAGUUCGUCAAUUCUCUUCAAUUGAUACGUUCAUAGUAAAUUUUUGUUAGUUCGAAGCUAGAAAAAUGCUGAGUCGAAGUUCUAUCACACUGCUGCUCAUUGGCUUGGCGAUAUCCGAGUUCUUAAUCGGAGAUGUGGGUGGAGCACCAUCCGGAAGGGACGUAAACGCAAGAGACGAACAUGGAAAUACAGCUCUGCAUAUUGCUGCUGAUACUGGUAAUUUGAAGGAAGCAAAAAAGCUCAUCGCUAAAGGAGCCAUUUUUGAUAGUGAAAAUAAUAUGAAAUCGACACCUCUUCAUUCAGCUGCUUUUCGUGGGAACAAAGAUAUUGUUAAACUUCUCAUCGGCAAAGGGGCCAAACUUGAUAGUAAAAAUAAUUUGGGAAAUACACCUCUUCAUUAUGCUGCUGAGUAUGGCUACAAAAAAAUCGCUAAGCAUCUCAUCAAAAAAGGAGCCGACACUGAUAUUAAAAAUAAUGCGAAUCUCGUACCUCUUCAAUAUGCUACUCAGAAUGGUAACGAUGAUGUCGUCAAACUUUUUGUCGGUAAAGGAAAGAAAACUGAUAUGGAAAAGAAAUUGAAAUAGAUUCAAUAUGCUGCCAACAAUGGUGGCGAAUAGCUGAAUAAUCGGAUGAUUUCUUUCAGUUCCCGUAUUCAAUUGUAGUGUAGCAUAUAUUAAUUUUAAUACUUUUUUGUCAAUCUUCAACCAUGCCGAUAUUGUUGCUUUGUUGGAACAUCGGUUUUCAGAAGAAGAAAAAAACAGCUCAAAAUUUUUAAAUUGUUCAUGGUAUUCAAUGGUUUUCUCCUGGAUUUGUGCAAACCCAAACGUGCUGAAUAUGAAACGCGAUCUGAAUGAGUGAUUAAUUGGAAUGAAAUUAGAGCACGAAGUUUUUUUUUGAAUGUCAUAAUGUUACAUAAAAUCAAAUUGGCAUUUGAAGAUUGGAGAUACGGUCAUGGAGCACGUUCUUUUUAAAGUUAACAUGCCUACCCCAUAUGUUUACAUUUCGAGACGAGUGCAAUAGAAAUUUUUUUUAUCUCUGGAAAAUAGAAAAAAAUUCUUCUUGAUAAAUAAAAGGUGAUUUUUUUUUCCUAACCAAAUGUGAUUUACGCUAUAAGCAGAAAAAUGUAUAUUUUUUAAUCAUUCCAUUUAAUGUAACUAUGCAGAAUCAACUCUAUUUACAAUAUUUAUUUUUUUUUUUUUUCAAUCAUAAGAAUUGAAUAAAAACAGCCAGUCUUUGGCGGUGUAUAUUAUUAUAUUAAUAAAA